AUUGGAUCGCUCAAUGAUCUCAAUCAUUGAAUCUUUUCGUCUUUGAUCUGUUUAAUUGUUCUGGAGUAUUUUUUUUAUUAUAUAUUCACGCAUACUUACUAUGACGAGUUCUUGUAAAGGUUUCGAUGUUUUCGAGUUCAAAGGGGAUGACGAGAUUUCGGAAAAGAACGCUAAUAGAUAUUCGAGCAAAUUCCAAAACCCUGAUUCAAUCGAUAACUUCAAAUUCCUCGAAACCGUUGCCCAGGGAACCAACGUUCUGUCGAACGAAAUUGGCAAUGUACAAUGUGCGGAUGUUGAUGGAGUCAACAGUGAUCACAAUUGUGACAGUGCUCUUUCAUAUACUCUGCUGGAUGCCGGAGAAGCUCCUAAAAGAAUGUAUGGGUUUGAUGUUGGAUCACAUACUGAUGUUGGUAGUCCUAAGCAACUUAUUGAAGAAAGUUGCUCAAGUCCCAAAAUAUCCCCUGAAUCCAGAACAGAUAAGCUCGAACCUGAAAAUUUAUGUUUUCGGCUUGGAGGCAGUUCAAUCCUUGGAGCAUCUUCAUCUGGCAACAGCCAAUUAAAUUGCAACCUUCUUGAGUCUCCAUCCAGUCAUGACUCAUUUCGUGUGGUCUCAGAUGCUGAUGGAAGCCAGAAUGAGAGAUCUCCGUCAACCUCAUCUGAUAAUGCAGAAGAUGAUGAUUCUUUGGAUGGAGCAUCAUCAGAUCAUGGCUCUGGCCAUUGGGAAAUGGGUGACCGAGAUGCAGUUGCUUUCAAUCCUGAUUAUGUCAUGUAUCAUGAUAUGUAUCAUACAAACUGUGUGUUAACUUUUUCCAGCAGUUGGAUCGAAAUAGAGGGUUCAGUUGGCUAUGGAAACCAAGAAACCUUUAGCUUUCACAGUGCAAUUGAUAAUAUCAGCUAUAUAGAAUCUGAGCUGUCUGGAAAGCAGUCGUGCACCAGUUCAGAGUCCCACUCUUCAAUUCAUGCUCCCAUCGCAAACCAAGGGGCGACUUAUGCUCCAAUCACGGCUCACAACUAUGAAAUCCGCAAGUGA